CGGCCAAGAAUAUUGCACCGCUACCGGAAUGUGUUUUCCGGUUUCGCCGCGAAACUAUCAAUAGCUGACGUGGAAGCAAUGCGGCAGAUGAAUGGUUUCGUAUCGGCCCGGCCCGAAAAGGUGUUUCCACUACACACAACGCACACUCCCAACUUCUUGGGGUUGAUCCAAAACUCGGGUUUCUGGAAAGAUUCGAACUACGGAAAGGGCGUCAUCGUCGGCCUAUUGGACAGCGGGAUCUCGCCGGACCACCCUUCGUUCUCCGACGAAGGCAUGCCGCCGCCGCCUCCCAAAUGGAGAGGCGAAUGCCAGUUCGGUUCCAAGAACGCGUGCAACAACAAGCUCAUCGGCGCGAAGUACUUCACGAACGGAAACGCGACCACCCCGUUCGACGAAGAAGGCCACGGCACGCACACGGCCGCCACCGCCGCCGGAAGCUUCGUCGGCGGUGCGAACAUCUACGGAAACGCGGCCGGCACCGCGGCCGGCAUGGCCCCGCUCGCCCACGUGGCCAUGUACAGAGUUUGCAGCCCGUCCGGCUGCUCGGAGAGUGACAUCAUGGCUGGAAUGGACGCCGCCAUCGAAGAUGGCGUGGACGUAAUUUCGAUCUCCCUGGGAGGAGGUUCUCCUACCGCUUUCGAUAAGGACAAUAUCGCCAUCGGCGCUUUCAGGGCAAUGGAGAAGGGAAUUGUAGUGAGCUGUUCCGCGGGAAACAACGGUCCCGCGCUCGUGUCUUUAUCCAACGAAGCGCCUUGGAUUCUCACCGUAGGCGCUAGCACGAUCGAUCGGAAGAUAAAAGCGACAGCUGUCCUCGGAAACAACGAGGAAUACGACGGCGAAACAGCUUUCCAGCCGAACGAUUUCCCCUCCACUACAAAGUUAGGCCUUGUUUUUCCCGGUCAAAUUUCAAAUAUGUCUUUGUACUGCGGUGAGGGCGCAUUGGACGAAAACAUCGUUAGAGGGAAGAUUGUGCUUUGCGAAAUAGGGGGAACGGGCACGCGAGUCGACAAAGGAAAAGCAGUAAAGAACGCCGGUGGUGCCGCCAUGAUUCUAAUGAAUCAACAAGCUCAAGGCGACACCACGAGAGCCGAAGCCCACGUUCUCCCCGCGAUCCACGUUAAUUACGUAGACGCCCUCAAAAUAAAAGCCUAUGUAAGUUCAAAUCCCAAUCCUAUAGCCACAAUUGUAUUUAAAGGAACUGUUAUAGGCGACAAUCGUGCUCCGGUAGUUGCUGCAUUUUCCUCCCGGGGACCUAGCUUGUUGAGCCCGGGAAUUUUGAAGCCCGAUAUUAUUGGGCCCGGUGUUAACAUACUUGCCGCUUGGCCCGUUUCCGUCGAGAAUAAAACCGACACAAAGUCAACAUUCAACAUGGUUUCGGGUACAUCAAUGUCGUGCCCGCAUCUCAGUGGGGUUGCAGCAUUGCUCAAAAGUGCGCAUCCUGAUUGGUUGCCAGCUGUCAUAAAGUCCGCUAUUAUGACCACGGCCGAUCAAGUCAACCUCGGCGGAAAUCCAAUCGAGACCGAACUUCUUAAACCGGCCGACGUGUUUGCCAUCGGUGCGGGCCAUGUUAAUCCGUCGCGCGCGAACGAUCCGGGUUUGGUUUACGAUAUUCAGCCGCAUGAGUACGUUUCGUAUUUGUGCGGAAUGAAUUUCACCGAGAGUCAAGUCGGUGUUAUCGUUCAGCGGAAAGUGGAUUGCUCGAAAGAAACGAGAAUUGCCGAAUCGCAACUGAAUUAUCCGUCGUUUUCGAUUGUUCUUGGAUCGACGCCUCAGACUUAUUCGAGGACGGUUACGAAUGUCGGCGAGUGCGAGUCGUCGUAUGACGUCGAAAUCGGUUCUCCGGAAGGAGUUACCGUUGUUGUUGAACCGGUUAAACUCGAUUUUACGAAAUUGGGUCAGACAUUGAGCUAUAACGUGACGUUUACCCGAUCGGACGGUGGAACGUUGACGACCGAUGAUUACGUUCAGGGAUUUGUGACGUGGCAUUCUGGUAAAUAUUCUGUUAGGAGUCCAAUAGCUGUUGUAAUUGGAUGAUAUAGUCUUUGAGAAUUAAAUUGGAGUCAUGUUUCUUCGUUUUGUUUGCUUGUUAUUUGUAAUUUUGUAAUAAAAUUUGAGUUUGGUAUUUAGAAUUUUUUAAAUUUGCAGGGAAGUAAUUAAUUGAUAUUUCCUCCGUUUCAAAUUAACUGUCACUUUGGGAGAUUUUUCUUGUUUCAAAUUAUCUGUCACUUUAGAAUUUUAAUGAAGCAUUAAUUACUAUUUUCUCAAUUUUACACAUAUUACUAUUCAUUAAUUGACUGAGAAUUAAACAACAUUAAUAACAUGGAUAUUUUAGUCAUUCUAUAUACUUUUCUCUAAAAUCGACACACAUUUAUUAAUUUUCUUAAUAUGUGUGCAACAACCCAAAGCGACACAUAUUUUGGAACGGAGGGAGUAUGAAUUAAC